AUGGUUUCGAGGGGUCGGGAUUUGCUGCUGCUGCAGCAGCACAAAAGGGAGAAGACUCUUGCUGCGCUGCUGCCCAUUUUGAACAGGCUUUACCUCGCCCACGACCUGCUGCAGCACAUGCAGCAGCAGCAGCAGCAGCAGCAGCAGCAGCAGCAGCAGCAGGCGGCGAGGGGCCGGGGCGCCGGCGGGGAGGCGCCGGGAGCAGCAGCAGCAGCAGCAGCAGCAGCGGGAGCUGCGGCGGCGACCGCAGCAGAGCAGCCCGCCGCUGCUGCUGCCCCUUCCAGCGCCCCCGCUGCUGCUGCUGCUCCCGCUGCUGCUGCUGCUGCUGCUGCUGCUGCUGCGAGGCCCCCCGAAGGCGUGGCCCGGGCGCUGCUGCGGGCAGCAGUUGAGGGGGGCUGGAGGCAUGCAGCGCUGCAGCCACUGGAGCUGCUGGAGAAGGAGGAGCAGCAAGCGCUGCAGCAGCAGCAGCAGCUGCUGCUGCAGCAGCUGCUGCAGCAGCGGCCGGAGGACCAAGAAGCAGCUGCUGCCAACCCCCUCGCGCUGCUGCGCCCCGUGCUGCUGCUGCUGCCCAGCCAAGACUCUGUGCUGUCGCUGCUGCUGCUGCUGCAGCAGCUGGACCCUUUGGGGCGAAUUGCUGUGCAGUGCCUCUCGGACGUGGGCAGGGACUACCAGCAGCAGCAGCAGCAGCAGCAGCAGCAGGACGAGCAGCAGCAACAGCAGCAAGAGCAGCAGCAGCAGCAGCUAGAAGAUGUGCCCCCAGAGGAGUGGAGGAAGCUGGGAAGCAGCUGGCAGCGGCUGCUGCUCAAGGACCCCAGCAGGGUUCAAGUCCUAGCAGCAAACAAGGCUCUGCAGCUGCAGCAGCAGCAGCAGCAGCAGAAAGAGGGGCAGCUGCAGCAGCAAAAACAGCAGCAGCAGCAACAGCCGGAUAUUCUCAGGGUUCCAACAAUGUAUGGAUCACGCAUCCGGUGGGGUUGCUGCGACAUUAUACUGGCAACUCCUGCUGCCUUCUGGGCCUCCUGGGGGCCCCUCUUGGGGGCCCCCCUUCCCUCUGUGGUGAUUUGUGAAGAAAUUGAUUUGCUGCUGCAGCAAAACAAAACCAAAAAUGCCACUAUUAACAUCCUCGGAAAGUUGAGGCCGAGGCCCCCCAUUAACGCCCCAAACACAGUCAAAGUCAAGGCCAAGGCUUUGCCCCCAACCCAACUGAUAUUCAUCGGGUCUACAGUUUCUUAUGGGGGCCCCUGCAGCAGCGGGGUUUUGCUGCUGGAGCGGUUCAGCACUGCUGCGCCGGUGCAGCAGCAGCAGCAGCAACAGCAGCAGCAGCAGCAGCAGCAACAGCGGCAGCUGUGGCUGCGGCUCAAUGACGGCAACUUGAGGAAGGAGAUCGAGAGGCAGUAUCCCGUGUGGAACGAACUAAAGAGGGAGGAGCAGUUGCUGCAGCAACAGCAGCAGGAGCAGCAGCACCUACGCGCCAGCCGUAGGAAAGCCACUGAAGACCAGCAGCAGCAGCAGCAAGAGCAGCAGCAGCAGCGAGAGCAUCAGCAGCAGCUGUUGCUGCUCGAAGCCAUGGCAGAUCUAGACUUGGAAAAGGACCGGCAGCAGCUGCUGCGUGCUGCAGAGUUCAAAGAGCGCUUUAAUCUGCUGCUGCUGCUGCUGCAGCAAGUCCCUGCCGCCCUCACCGUGGUGUUCUGCAGCAGCAGCAGCAGCAGCAAAGAGCUCACGCUGCUGCUGCGGCAGCACGGCUGGCCCGUUUCUGCUUACCACAAGCAGCUGUCGAUGCGGCGGCGGUUAGCAGCAGCAGAAGCAGCAAACGCAGCAGCAGCUGCACCGGCAGCAAGUGCAGCAGCAGCAGACGCAGCAGCAGCAAACACAGCAGCAGCAGCAGCAGCAGCAGCAGCAGCCCCGCAUAUUCUGGUGGCUACAGAUUUGCUGUCGCGCUCCGGGCAGCUAAAAGGAAAAGCUCAUGUAAUUAAUUUUCAUUUUCCAACAAAUGCUGCUGCUUACGUGCACAGAGCAGCACUUGCUGCUCCAGCAACUUCGUUUCAAGAGGACAAAUCCCAUACAAUGGGUCCUCCUGGGGAGCCCCUGGGGGGCCCCCAGGGGGGCCCCCAGGGGGGCCCCAUGGGGGGCCCCUAUGGGGGCCCCCUGGGUAUGGGUCUUGUAUCAAACAUAAUAGGGGCAGCUGACAUGCCCCUAGCUUCCCAAGUAUUUGCUGCUGCAGUGCAGCAGCAGCCGCUGCAGCGGCUGUUUUCGAACAAGAGAUCCUUGAGGAGGAGAAUCAAACGGCAGCAGCAGCAGCAGCAGCAGCAGCAGCAGCAGCAGCAGCAGCUGGGAGACGAAGAACAAGGGGAGCUGCAGCAGCAAUUGGGACGGAAGCAGCAGCGGCAGCAGCAGAGGGGCCCCUUUAAGGAGGGGCCCCUCUUCAGCAAGGUGCUGUGGGCAGCAGGAGAGACACAUGGCUUCUACGUUGCUGCUGCUGCUGCUGCUGCUGCUGCAGCAACAGGUGCAGCACCAGCACCCCGUGCUGCCGCUGCUGCUGGGGUCAGCAAAGAUACUAUUGAAUUCUUCAAGCAGAUGAAGAGCGGCAGCAGCAGCAGCAGCAAAGAAGGCGCUGCUGCAGCCACAGGGAGAGCUGCUGCAGCAGCAGCACCAGCCACAGCCCCUGACGGACCGCAGCAGCAGCAGCAGCAGCAGCAACAGCUGCAGCAGCAGCAACAGGAACACCUGCAGCAGCAGGAGCCGAUAUCCUGGUUCCUUGAUUCUGACGACGAAGCGGAAGAGGAAGGCAAUAGCUGCCGCAGGAGCACAACAACAGCAGCAGCAGCUGCUGCUGCUGCUGCUUCUGCUGCUGCUGCUUCUGCUGCUGCUGCUGCUGAAUCACAGGUUCUGCCGCGCAACUGGACAAAAGAAGAAUACACUCGUCUUGUAAUUCAGCGGAUGCGGCGAAGAGGGUCGCCCUCAGUGCAGCAGCAGCAGCAGCAGCGGCAGCAGCUCUUGCAGCUGCAGCAGCAGCUGCAGCAGCAGCAGCAAACGGCAGAACAGCAGCAGCAGUUACGGCGGCAGCAACUAGAAAAGCAGCAGCAUGCGCUACAGCAGCAGCGGCAGCAGCACGCGCUGCAGCUGCAGCAGCUGCCUCAGCAGCAGCAGCAGGAGCAGGCACAGCAGCUGCAGCAGCACGCGCUGUAG